ACUGAGCAGCGCUCGAGCCGUGGCGCCGGUCCCAGCCCUCAGAUCACCGCACGAGCGAACGUAGCGCGUGUCCCUUCGAGUGCUUUUAUCCACGCAGGUUAAUUCGCUUUCUUUAAUUCUCCAUCUGCGUGUGUACUAGAGACGUUUUUUUUUGUUUGUUUGGUUUUUUUUUUUUAAUAUAUUUUUUCAUUUUUUUUUUUGUUUUGUUUUAGCAGCGGGACAGAGAGGCUCGCGACACCGGGGCACAGACCGGGAUAAGACCGAAGCUCCAGUUUAUUAUAACCCGGGACAGUGGACAAUAUUCCUACACGACAGGACGGUACUUUGGGAUUACUUUCAAACGCAGGUUGUAAUUGGAAUACAACGCAAACCUCUUUAAAACAGUUAAUUUUCUGCUUCUCAUUAUGAGGCUUUUCCACAGUGGAUAAUAAAAGCAGAUUUGUGUGCGCUUUGUACACACUGCACCGUCAGGGAACGACUGAAUAAUCUGAGAAAUAUUUGAACCCUCAAUUGUAGCCUUUAGGAAUCAUCCUCCAAACUUAUUGCACGUUGUGUUGGACAGAACCGAUCUGAACUGAACUGACAGAGCUGUGAAGUCCGGGUCCGGGUGAGUGUCAGAUCAAGAUGCGCCGCGUCUGAAUCCACGAGUUCGGGACUUUGGUGGUGUUCAAGAUCCACGCCUUUAUCCUGGACCAGAGCAGGAACCGAAUCAUGAUGAGUCCCGUCAGCGUGGUGGUGAUCCUGGUAUGCUGGGUUCUGUCCGGAUCUUUGUGGGCAGCCAGUCUGAGUGGACUGGGAGAUACUGUUAUGGGUCCAGAGAAGUUCAGAGGUGUGGCCAACUUCACAACCUUCCUGCUUGAUCGCUCAUCCAACACACUGUACCUGGGUGCCCGCGAUGCUAUUCUGGCUGUCGACACGUCUAAACUGAACCAGCCUCCACGCAUGAUCAUUUGGGAUGUACCGGAGGAGAAGAGGCACUCUUGUGUGGCAAAAGGAAAGACAGAGGUGGACUGCAACAAUUACAUCCGCCUCCUGGAGUUUCUCGGAGACGGACACAUCUAUGUGUGUGGUACCUAUGCUUUUGACCCCCAGUGUGCCUUUUUGGAGCUCUCGUCCUUCACUUUGGAGAAAUCUGAGGAUGGGGGAAUCAAGAUGGAGACAGGGAAGGGAAAGUGUCCAUUUGAGCCCAGUCAGCACUACACUGCUGUUAUGGCAGGUGGUACCUUAUACACAGCAGCUACUAGUAACUUCCUGGGAACACUAUUCGACAUCUCCCGGGCAACAGGUCCUGAGCAGGAGCGCAUCCGAACAGAAAGAUCCAUCAACUGGCUCAGCGAUCCAGAGUUUGUAAGCUCUGCCUUUAUAGAACAGGAUGCCGACAGCAACCCGACAGGAGAUGACGACAAGAUCUACUUCUUCUUCACUGAAGUAGCCAAAGAAUACGACCUGUACACUAAGGUCAAAGUCCCCAGAGUGGCACGAGUCUGCAAGUCUGAUGUGGGAGGGAUGAAGACUCUGCAGCGGCGUUGGACAACUUUCCUCAAGGCCCAAUUGGUAUGUGAGGACAAACCCAGCGGUCAACGAUAUAACGUCUUGACUGAUGUCUUCACCACGCAGCACACACCAGGCGACCCCAGCAGUACACACUUCUAUGGACUGUUCACCUCCCAAUGGGAACGGGAGGAGUUAUCAGCAGUGUGUGUUUUCAGUCUGUCUGACAUUAAUAAAGUGAUGGAUGGUCCAUUUAAGGAGUUGAAAAAGACCUGUGAAAAUCAACCCUGGAUCAACCAUGAGCCAAUCCCGACACCUCGGCCCGGCCAGUGCUUGAACAAUGCCUUGAAGGCUGAAGGCUAUGAGUCGUCUCUGAAACUCCCUGACAAAGUGCUAACAUUUGUCAGAGACCACCCUCUGAUGGAGAACAGCGUUACUGCAGCACCUCUGCUGGUCCGAAAGGGAAUCAGAUACACCAAACUAGCUGUAACGCAAACAGGCAGUGGAGAUGAGCAAAGAGGAGCGCUGCUACACCUUGGAACAGAUCGUGGGGAGCUUCACCGGGUGGCAGUAGUGGGCCAGAAUGCCACUAUGCUGCAGGAGAUCCCUCUGUUCAGCUCACAGGAGCCUGUCAACAAUAUAUUACUUCAUCAGGGCCGGGUGCUGGUUGGAAGCCCACUGUCUCUGGCUCGUCUCCAGGCUGAAGGCUGCUCUCUGUAUCCCAGCUGUAAGGUCUGUGCCAGAGCCAGAGGACUGGGCUGUGUGUGGAGCACAAAGGAGGAGGCCUGCAGGCCCACGGCAACUGAGCCUGGCCCAGGUGAUAUGGUAGAUGAAGCCUUGAGGAAGUGUGAUAGAGAGGAAGGUCGUUGCUCUCCAUCCAUCAUGGAGCUGCGAGUGGCCAGAGGUCUGCGUCUCCUAUUGCCCUGUGUCCAGUUGUCCCCCCGGUCCUGCAGCUGGGAGCAUCCACCCCACAGACACACCAGACAACAUCACUCUGACCUGGAGGUGACCGUCACUGAGGACAGCCUGGGAACCUACAUCUGCACCUGCCAGGAGGCGGGGCCAGGUGUUAGGGACCCCACCCCCUGCCGUAGAGCAGCCUAUCAGCUGACCCUCGAGGGCCCCAGUGCUGGUGGAAACGUGGCAUCAGCUGGAGUCCGUCACGUCCUGGCCAUCUAUAUCCUUGUCUUCUGCGGGGGUGUACUGUUUGGUAUAUUUCUGUUUUACUUUAUCACCCGGAGACCUCGCAGCCUCAGUCGCCAGGGUCACCACUUGCCGGAUAAUUCUCUGUCGUCGGAAAAAGGGCGGGACUUGUUGGGUUCAUCAGCUACGCCGCAGUCCCCCAGCAGCGCCAGUCUGCUGUCUGAGGGAUUCAGGUUGACUGAGAAACGGAACGGGACGACGACAACAACCACAACCACAACUUUACUGAGUAGCCAGGGGAACGGUGGUCACCUUAGCAACAGUUAUAGUAGCUCCUUGAUCCACAGCAACCCCAGCAAUGGCCACGGGAACACCAUAUACGGCAACUGCAACACAAGCGCCAGCGGGUUGAAGUUCGCCACUGAAAUUUUAGCCGCAGAUAUGCUGGAUGGAAGGACGGGGGAGAGGGAGAGGGGGAGGCCAGAGGGGGGAGAGAGGGAGUCGGGAGAAGGGGAUGAGGUGGAAGAGGGGAUGGGGGAUGGGUUAACAGAGGGUAUGAAAGGCCUGGAGGAUGACCUCGCAGGCUUCCCUUUGUUCAAAUCACCAGCACCUCUGGCUCAGUGUGAAGAAAGUUCAAUAUGAACCAAAACUGUCACUAAGUUCAGAAGGUCACAUAUGUGUACUGUUACAUACACCAUUCUGCAUCCCCCAAAAGAACUGGAUACGACUGGGAGGAAUGCAAAAUGGCAACCUCAAAAUGCCUUUGGGUCGGAGCUGUGGCCUGGAGAGAGACUCAAAGAUAUAUAACAGAUAUGAGUUUAUAUCUAAAUGUGUGAGAGGGAGUGAGACGAUUCAAUCCAGAGAAGACAUUUUGGAGAUCCACAGUGAGACGUGUAAGAUGUAAAUAUAAAAUGUAAAUAUAAACAGUCUUGAAGCUGACUGUGGACGUGACAGUGAGCACUAUGUUGAGUGUGUUACAAAGAAUCAAAGAUCAAAGUCUACGUGUGUGGACAUGGAAAAGCCAUACUGUCUUUCUUUAUUUUCUGUUGUUUGGUCUGUCAUGCUUUCCUUGUGGCACUGCUGAAGAAAAGUGCACUUUGAAUCUCCCGGCACCUCCCUCUCUGUUUCUAUGUCUCUAUUUGUCUCUCUGACACCGAACACAAUCUCCAAACCCAGACCUUCACCGGUCGAAAGGCACCAAAGGACUGCUGAGUCACUGACGGCUCAGAACGGAUUGUCUGUUGGCUUUAAACAAAGAGAUGUCAACACUGUCAAAGACUCAUAAUCUAAACUCACUGCAUGGCCUGCAGACAGACAGUGGACAUGACGGGGCUGACCCUGGCCUGUACUGCUGCAGCGGUUCAGAGGAUGUUAACGUUAAACGUCACCUGUCAGAUGUGUGUGAUGACUGCCAAAUACAAGCAACAGGAUUUUCAUUCAACUCAAAAAAACAAACUUCAGCCUCACAGAAUGGACCUCUCCAUACAAAUAGCCACCUCCACCUGUGUUUCAUAAAAAAUACAAAUGUAUUGUUUUGUCAUGUUGAUUUAUAAUAAAGAUAAAAAAUGUUGUUAA